AUGCCUGAAACGCGCGAUGUGAUGGUUUCGUUCAGCUAUUUACAGUGGCAAGAACUUUACAAACACGAGAAGCCCUUCCAGAUAUUCUCUCAGAUACCACCCGACUUCCCAAAUCGGAGACCUACAAACCUAGUUUUCUGGAACGCACCUGAAGAAGCUGUCAAAGAUCUGAGGGGUAUCGAGGGUCAGUUCACGUUGGAUCAAAAUGGAUUCAUGGUUCGGAGGCAGGAUAUGCCUGAAACAGAUCUUCAGACCGAAGACGCUGUUCGCAAUGAAUAUGUUCCGCACAUCGAGAAGCUUCUCAAGAAGGAAGUCGAUGGUGUUGAUUUUAUCUAUUGCUUUGAUUGGGGGAGGAGGAAGAAUGCACCACUUCAAAAAUCACGAAUCAAUGUCAAUGAUAAGAUGCAGUUACUCGAGCCCUGGAGGCAAGUUCACUGUGACCAAAGUCCUACCGGGGCCUUGAACCGCCUCAAGUAUCACGCACCCGAUCAAGUCAACAGAGCCCUAGCAGGCCGACUCCGAAUUAUCAAUGUAUGGCGGCCACUGUAUCAUGAGGUAGUUGACAAUCCUCUGGCACUCUGCGACGGAGAGACAAUCGACGAGGAAGACGUUGUAGAGGUGGAUCACAUCACCAAACUAUACCACGGAAACACCAUGUAUGGUCUCUACGCGCCGAAGCACAAAUGGUACUAUCUCAAUCAUCAGAGACCGGACGAGCUUCAUAUUUUCAAGAUAUUCGACUCGGCUAGCGGUUCAUUUCACACUUCAUUUCUUCACAGACAGAUUCCAAAGGAUGCGCCUCCCCGAGAAAGCUUUGAGGCAAGGUUUUUGAUAAUCACAGAUCGUGUCUGA